AUGGAUCACAUUUCCAUAGCUUCUCUUCCCGGUUUGUACGAAAGAACCGUGACAAUGAAUUCUCUGGGAAAGACUCUCUUUAACCGGAUGGAAGUCGGUUGGGCAAUUGCACCACCUCAUUUAACUUGGGGAGUUCGACAAGCACACUCUGACCUCACAUUCGCCACUUCAACACCGAUGCAAUAUGCAGCCGUUGCAGCUCUCAAAGCACAAGAGUCUUACUUCAAGGAGCUGAAAAGAGAUUACAAUGCGAAAAAAAGAGAUUCUUGUAAAGGGUUUGACAGAAGUCGGGUUUAA